AUGUCAUCCAGUGCCACCGGCCCGACCGACCUCGGCGGUCAGACGCCGUUGCAGCAACACCAACAUCAACAGCCGCUACAACACGAGGGCUACAAUAUUGCCGACCAGAUGGAAGUGCGCGCUGCAUCGCAGUCAAACGGCCAAGGCGAACAUGGUGAUGACGACGAUGACAACGAUGAGCAGCGGCUACCUUGCCGACUGCCGCGCAGCUUGACCCUCCGUCUGUACACAUCACACUUUCUCUCGACAUGGAACUCUCGCGUCUUUGAGUUUGGCGCCGUGCUGUUCCUGGCCAACAUAUUCCCAAGCACGCUGCUGUACAUGUCGGUAUACGCCCUCGUCCGCAGCGCCUCGGCCAUUUUGUUUGCCCAGUCCAUUGGCUCCUGGAUCGACCGCGGCAACCGCCUCACCGUUGUGCGGGUCUCCAUCAUCGGCCAGCGUCUCGCCGUGGCCGUGAGCUGCGCCGUACUCUGGCUGAUGGAGCGCAAGGCGGGCUCGCACACCUACAGUGUAAUGCAGGGCCAGUUUGCGCUUGUGGUCCUUUUGGCUUGUGUGGAAAAGUUGUGCUCGGUCAUGAACCUUGUCUCGAUUGAACGGGACUGGGUUGUCGUCAUGACGGAGGGUAACGAGGUUGUCAGGCAAGAUCUCAAUGCCCGUAUGCGCCGCAUUGAUCUUCUCUGCAAACUUCUCGGACCCUUAGUCAUAUCCAGUAUCGCCGCAGCCUCAACAAUUAUAGCUAUUUGGGCCACGCUGGGCAUGAAUAUUGUGUCGGUGCUUUUUGAAUAUGUCUUCAUUGCACAGGUCUAUAAUCGUACCCCGGCCUUGAAGCGUACACCGCCAGCAUUAAUGAGCGAGGACCAACGGCCGAAUACAGACGGCCACAACACUCAUGCAGUACAGACGUGGCUCAAGUCCAUGAAGGCAAAUCUCCUGCCGCUGGGAUCCCUGCCUUUCUACUUCCACCAACCGGCUUUCUUGCCGUCUUUUUCACUCUCCCUACUCUAUCUUACUGUGUUGUCCUUUUCAGGGCAAAUGAUCACCUACCUCAUAUCGAUAGGCUAUACCAAUCUGCAAGUGGGUUUGGCCCGGACCGUGAGCACCAUGUUUGAGCUGAGCGCAACUUGGAUCGCUCCCCGGAUGAUGAAGCGCGUCGGCCUAGUGCGUGGCGGUAUAUGGAGUCUUUCCUGGCAGAUGAUCUGGCUCGCUGGUGCGGUAUCUUGGCUCUUUUCUGACUUUCACGGCGCCGGUACCAACAGCAUCAUGGCCGGGUCCGGACUGGUGGUUGGAGUGGGACUCAGUCGUGUUGGACUUUGGGGUUACGACCUUUGCGCCCAGGCUAUUGUGCAGAAUGAAGUCGACGCCAACCAUCGCGGCACCUUUUCAACCGUCGAGGCAGCUUUUCAAAACUUGUUUGAAAUGUUCUCGUACGUUACGACAAUUGUAUUCUCGGAUCCCAAGCAGUUUCAGUGGCCCGUCGUCAUUAGUGUCGUUGCAGUGUACAUGGCCGGCGGAGAGGUCACCUACUUCAUGUGCCACGCUGUAGCUGUGAAAAGUCGUAAGACGGCGGAAAUGGAGGUAACACCAUCUAUCAUCAAGUACCUGUCAACAAUGCAUCAGCGCUAG